AGAUGGAUGCCGCUGCCGCCAGCCCAGGAGGGACUCUAGAGACGGACUCCACCCUCGGGUCAACUAAGAAAAGCCGGAGUGCGUUUAAAGGAAGCACACUCAUCUCAAAAUUGAUAUCUCAAAAACCUGGUAAAUUUGAAGAUCGCCAACACGCUGUAAGAUUUGCCCAGCGACUACUGGACAUUGGACAUAUAAGAAGUUCACAGGGGAAUACUACUUUUUCUGAUGGAAAUAAUCUGUAUACCUGGAAGAAUGACCAAGUGAUUAAAGAAACAAAGCGAAUGAUCACACAGGAAGUAAACUCAAGAGGGACAAAUGUUACCUCAGAUAUGGAUCGUCAAAAUUGGAGGAAUACAUCAAAUAAUAGUUAUAGUCAUAGAAAUGUGGAACGACAGAGCAAUGGAGUCGAAAAUGGAUUUGUGAGUGACAAUGAUGUGUCUAUGGGGUCUAGUUUUAAAGACCCCAUAAAAGCAUGGCAAGCUGACGUAAAUGAGAAAAGUACCCCAUAUAAGACAGCUUGGUCAACAGGCAAAGCUCCUAGGGCUCAACAUUUGAAUGAAAAUAAUACGAAAUCUAAUUUCAAUAGUCCUGAGAAUGGAGGAUACGGUUCACAAAAUGGCCACCAAAACGGAUUACAAAAUGGUGGCCAGCUGAACAGUCCAAACAGACAAUCGCAUGGGGAUUAUGUGAAACUGAGAGACAAAACCAAAUAUGAGAGAAUGACUGAUAAAAUAAAAGAGAAACUCCAGGAUCCGCAAAUGGACAGGGUGUCUAAGAGGUCUUCCUGGCACUCACCUCCAACUACGCUGAACAGAGAAAACAAACCAAAUAUGGCGCACCCCGCAUUCCGAUCUCGCACCCAAUCAGACGAUGGUAUCUCCUUGCUUUCAGAAUCUCAGAGUAUUGUUGAUAAAACGCCUGGGGCUUCAAGACAAAGUAGAGGUUCAAAACCACAUGAUAUCAGUACUGAUAGCCUUGAACAAACUCCAGAUACAGUGCUCAGUAGUCCUGUCUACUCUGCCAUAUACUCCAAACAGAAUUCUGGCUCUGGGAACCAUUACCACCAUACUGAGACCAAUGACGACAUACUAGAGGCUUUGCAGGAGGAGUCCAAUGUAGAUGAACCUACUAUGACAUCACAGCAUCAACCUAUGACAUCACCACAUAAACCCAUGACAUCACAGCAACAAUCUACACCAUUAUCACACAAAGCUGUAAGAUCACAGGAUUAUAUCUCAACACAAAACAAAAAAGCACAAUAUACUCCAAAACAAAAUGAGAAUACUCCCAAGAAAACCUCAGACCACUAUCAAUGGAAAACUCCUGUGCGACCAGACUCGGCAAAAACGGACCAAUCCGACUCUGGUCUUGAAUCAAUUACCUCAAUGUUAAGCCCAGUCAUUGCAAAUAUAUCAGACAAUGAGAAACUUAUUGGCAAAUUGAAAUUAAACACGGAGGAGAGUGGUUUGAUGACGAAGGUCCAAGAGUUGAAAGGAAUAGCCGAUCUGCUGGAGAGUUCUGCGGGGAGGAUGACAUUGAGUCCCACCAAUACAAGCACAGUUGUGGAUACACCAUUAAAGGGUGAAGCUAUGAGAUGUAAUGAGCAACCAACUGACUCAAAAAUGAGAGGACCUCAUAUUGAAAUGAAACCAUUUUUCUGGACCAAGCUGAACUUAACCUCAAAAACUCCUACAAUAUGGAGUCACCUGAAAGGUCAAGGUCAUACUGUGGAUGCAGAUGAGCUUGAAAGAUUGUUUGGACGUAGCACAGACCUGAGACGUUCACUAUCUUUGUAUGAUGAGUUGACUAUAAUACAUGGAGUUCCCAGUACAGAGGUAGUUCGGGUUCUUGACAUAGAGAGGUCACGUGAUAUCACACUGAAGAUGCGAAGUCUUUUCUGUAAUAUGGAGGAGAUUAAGACUGCCAUCUAUACCAUGGACUACAGCCAAGUCAGUCUAAACAGUCUAGAGGAGCUGUACAAAAUACGGGGAACACCGAGGGAGAUAAAAAUGAUAUCUAGAGUGUUAACAUCGGAUAAAAUUGGUUCAGUGGAUUUACCAGAAUUAUUCCUGUUUGAGUUGUCCCAGAUCUCAUACUUUAGUGAGCGCAUGGAGUGUAUCCUAUUUGAGAAGGUUGUUACUGAUGAGCUCUUUAGUCUAGAAUGGCUUUUUCACAAUGUAUCAAAAGGUUGCGUCGUAAUUCAAAAUAACACAACCUUGCAAAGCAUUCUGGGAUUGACAUUGAUGAUUGGGAACUUCCUGAAUGAAGGCACGUCACGUAACAAGGCAGAUGGAUUUGAUAUUACAGCCCUGUCUCAACUGAAAGAGAUGAAAAAUACGGCCAGUGACACCUGCCUUUUACAACAUCUACUGAAAGAGGGCGCUAGUGUAUGGGGCAAUAACUUUAGUCUGCCAGACAUUACAACCCUUAAUGAGGCAAGCAAGAUGGAAUCUAAAGUUAUCGAGAAGCGAUUUGAAGAUCUCCAGAAGCAGUUGAGUUUUCAGAGUGGACGUGUAAGUAAAGUACUCAAUAGUAGCCCUGAGAGACUAAGGCAGCCCUUUAAGAACAACAUGCAGCAUUUACUCAAGACAGCAGAGUCAGCUCUCCUAGAAUGCAGAGAGAAGUUCAGAUGCUGCAAAGAAAAGUUCCAAGAGUUGACACUCUACUUUGGCUACACUCCUAAUCAACAGGUGUCUCCAUAUGAGUUCUUCACUCUAUUGUCAAAGUUCUGCAAAGAUUGUGAGAUGUUAUAUGCGAAACAGCAGCAGAAGGCAAUCAAAGACAGACUAGAGAGAGACUUUAAAUAUGUGGCUCAAACAACUGUCAAUCAGUCUGGUUUCUAUAGUGACCAUGAAAAUCAUAGCCAUGACACACCACACAAAACUAAAAAUGAGCCACCACAUGUGGAUAACCUGGAAUGCCAAAGUAGUACACUGGAAAGAAAGAAGAGCUACUCUACCAGUAGUAUCCAUAAGACUAGUCAGGGUAAGCUUAAUUCAGCUAUCCAGCCCCCUGGGCGUAAUCGACCAGUAUCUAUGGUGGGCCCUGAUUUUAAAAGUGUCCAGUUCCAACAUCUGAAGCCAGGUGGCUCUGGAUACAACAGUGAUGAUUCACUAAGACAUAAUCGCAGCCAGAGUGAUAUUCUGAUUGGUCAAGAAAGUGGAAUACCACGGUUUUCUGGACGGUCAAAGAAAUACCAGAAUGGUCCAUCAAAUCAGAAAUUAUCAUCUAAAGAACGCGUAAGUACUGGAUCCAAACAUCAAGAACAACGCCAUUAUUCCCCACCCAGAGACACUCACUACAAUCACAAGGAUCAUUCCCCACUGAGGGGUCAGUCCCGGGGUACCAGAGAUGUUACACCCCCUAGGUAUAAACCACAAGCCCAGAGCACCCCUUCCAAAUCAGACAACAGAGGACUAGCAUCCCCACCUCAGAGUCUUCCAACCAAUGAUUCUCCUCCCUUGAAACCACCUCGAUCUAAACAAAAUAACACUGAGAAACCUAGGGAGGUGAUUCACCAAAUAGAACAGCCUAAUGGCUACCCCACUUCUCCAGUGAACUCCGAUUUUCAGAUGACACCUGAUUCCACCAUGGAAAGCAGCCCCAAUGGUAAAAUAACUAAAAGUGGCUCUUUUAGAGGGGCUAACGAUGCGUUUACUCGUAGUACUCUCAUGACAAAGUUUGCCCAAGGGAGGCAGUCUCUGACCCGUAAAGAUAUAGUCCCCUCUGCUAUAAACCGCAUGAUACAGAAGGCUAAAGGUGGGCCAUUCUCUCCUCGUAAGUCUGGAGAAACCUCUGAGAAAGAGAACAUUGUUCCUAUAGCAACAACCAAUCACGACUCACCUGAAUGUAAUGAGCCACCUCCCUAUGAGAGACCCCCACCUCCAUAUGAACACCACCCACCACCUUAUUCAAAGUCUAGCUAUGACAAGCCAUUGAGUAUAGACACUUCAAAUAAUGCUGCAAAUUAUUACACCAUGCAGCAUAGUGAUGGGCUGUCCCAGCAAAGUGCCACACCCCCCUUACCAGAGAGACAACCAUUGAAGCCUCAGGUGCCGAAUUAUAUGAAUAUACCACAUAUGGAAGAGCCCCCUGGGCCUGGGGAUGUGCCUCCACCCUUACCCCCUAGACCUCGCACCCUAAGUAUCAUAUGUGAGGGUAGUACAAUCAGUUCCGACCCCAACACCCCUGUAGCAAAGAACCCCACGGAUAUGUCUGAUAGUAUCAUGGAGGUGGCAUCUACCUUGAGGCCACGCGACCGAACCCCUAUAUCUCCAAAUAUGGCAAUGAGAGAUUAUUACGAUCUGGGUCAAAAUCAAAGAGAGUUAUCUCCAGAUAAACCGGCAGGUUUCCAAACUACACCGAAAAUUGAAGAUGAGGAAAUGAUUCCAAAUCCUAGAUAUAGGGGGCGUGGUGGGAGAUACAGUAGUCUUGAAAAUACAUCAGAUCAGGGGUCAAUUGUAGGGUCAAUAGGUCAAGGUCAAAUUGUUCACAAUUCAUAUAGCAAUCAUAGUUCAAUGGAUAGCCUCAGACCUGGCUCUACGAAUGGAACUCCUGUGAAAUUACAAUCAAGUUAUGCUCAUGGAUCUACUCCAAAUAUGCCCCUGAAUUCAAAUGGAUCUACCCCAAAUGUGUCCUUGAAUUCAAAAGAUUCAACCCCGAAAAAAUCUGCUCCUUCAGAAACCACACCCUCACCAUCCAAAAGUGGAUUCUCAAAAUCUAAACUUUUUUCUAAAUUUCGUGGAAAAGAUAAAGAUAAAUCCCCACCUAAAGAAUCGCACAAAAAGUCAUCCUCAAUCCCAGUAUCUAGCAUCAGUCCAAAUUCAACAAAAUCUGGGUGGACUCGGUCUUCACUCAGGGAAACAAAAACUAAUGGCUAUGAGAGUAGUACGAGUAGUGGGCCAGUAGAGGAGACUAAAUCUCAAAAUAACUACAGGGAUGCUAUCAGGCGCAUGGCACACAACACAUUUGAUAGGAAAAGCCGUAAACCAAUGAAAGUUUAGAUGGCGUAAGAUGCAAAAUUUAAACACUUGAGUGUCAUGAAAAUUAUGGUUAGGAAAUUGUACGCUUGUAUGGCUAGAAAAAA